AUGAGACUGAAAAUACCAAAUCCUGGGCUGGAUGAUCGUAUUCCUUCUCACAAGGACCUGGAGAGGAUGGAAAAGGAGGAAGCCGGAGACAGACCCAAGUGGGACAACAAAGCCCAGUAUUUGCUCACCUGCGUUGGCUUCUGUGUGGGACUUGGUAAUGUCUGGAGGUUCCCUUACCUCUGUCAAAGUCACGGAGGAGGAGCGUUUAUGAUCCCAUUUCUGAUUCUCCUGGUCCUGGAGGGCAUCCCUUUGCUGCACCUGGAAUUCGCCAUCGGUCAGCGUCUGAGGAAAGGCAGCGUGGGAGUUUGGAGAUCGAUCAACCCCUGUCUGACUGGAGUCGGUGUGGCGUCCUUGAUAGUGUCAUUCUUGGUGGGUAUGUACUACAACACCAUCAUGGCCUGGAUCAUGUGGUAUCUCUUCAACUCAUUUCAAGACCCUCUGCCGUGGAGCCAGUGUCCUCUGAACGACAACAAGACAGGUUUGAUAGAUGAGUGCGCUCGCAGCAGCACCACCGACUACUUUUGGUACAGGGAGACCCUGAACACGUCCACGGCCAUCGACGAGUCCGGGGGCUUGCAGUGGUGGAUGGUGUUGGCCCUGGUUUCUGCCUGGAGUCUGCUCUACGUCUGCUGCAUAAGGGGGAUCGAGACCUCGGGCAAGGCCGUGUACAUCACCUCCACGCUGCCGUAUGUGGUCCUCACCAUCUUCCUCAUCAGAGGACUGACGCUCAAAGGCUCUUUUGAGGGAAUAAAGUUUCUCUUCACCCCAGAUGUGAAUGAGUUAAUGAAUCCGUCCACAUGGUUGGACGCUGGUGCCCAGGUUUUCUACUCCUUUUCUCUGGCGUUUGGAGGUUUGAUCUCCUUCUCCAGUUACAACUCUGUUCACAACAACUGCGAGCAGGACGCUGUCCUUAUUUCCAUCAUCAACGGCUGCACCUCGGUUUACUCCGCGACGGUUAUCUACUCCAUCAUCGGCUUUAGGGCCACGCAAAACUUUGAUGACUGCGUGGACAGCAACAUCUUAAAGCUGAUGAACGCCUUCAACUACCCCGAAAACAACAUCACCGGGAGCAACUACGACGAGGUGUUAGCCCUACACAACCGAACGAACCCAGAAGUCAUUCAGGAAUUGAACCUGGAGACCUGUGACAUACAGUUUUUCCUCAGUCAGGGCGUGGAGGGAACGGGUUUGGCCUUCAUCGUGUUCACCGAGGCAAUCAUCAAGAUGCCUUUCUCCCCUCUCUGGGCUGUCCUCUUCUUCAUCAUGCUCUUCUGCCUCGGCCUGUCCACCAUGUUCGGCAACAUCGAGGGAGUGGUGGUCCCCCUGCAGGACCUUCGGUUAUUGCCCCGCACUUGGCCCAAAGAGGUUUUCUGCGGUCUGACCUGUUUCAUUUCCUGUGGUUUUGGCCUGAUAUUUGCCCAGCGCUCUGGCAACUACUGGCUGGCUCUUUUCGACAACUUUGCCGGAUCUAUUCCCCUUCUUGUUAUUGGAUUCAGCGAGAUGAUUGCCGUCGUCUACAUCUACGGGAUAGACAGGUUUAACAAGGACAUCGAGUUUAUGAUUGGCCACAAACCCAAUAUAUUCUGGCAGGUGACGUGGAGGUUUAUCAGUCCGCUCAUUAUGAUCUUUAUCCUCAUCUUUUACUUUGUUACUCAAGUCACCAAAAGCUUGACCUAUUUAGUCUGGGACCAGGAAGCGGAGAACUUCCCAACCCUGGACCCACGUCCUUUUCCCUCCUGGAUCUACGCCAUCAUCUUCAUUCUGGCCGGGGUUCCAAGUUUAAUGAUUCCUCUGUAUGCUAUCUUUAAGUUUAUUCAUAGAAAUUGCUGCAAGAAAAGGGACUACCGCGACAGCGAUGUGGAAACCAUCUCCGCCGACGUACAAAUGAAUGGAAAAAUCAAAUUUUAAAUUUAAAUUAUUAUUUUUUUUCCAUAUGCAAAACUGCUUAUUGUCUAUUUCUACACCUAGAAUCUGCAAAAUGAUAACGGAGCACAUCGCUGAUUACUGAUAGGACAAAAGAAGAAAAUCAAAUGAAAUUUUAUUGAAAUUGUUUUUCUAAGAAGUAUACAUAUAUACUGUAUAUAUACAUAUACACAGAGACACAUAAAUAUAUGUACGCACAUAUGUAUAUGUAUAGAUAUAUGCAUAUACAUACAUAAUAUACCAUAAAUAUACUUUAGUUUAUACAUAUACUUUGAAGUAUAUUUUGUAUUUUUUUCGCGAGUUGCAGGGAAUGAGUCAGAAAAACGUCUGACGUCGCUCUUGUUUUAUAGACUGCGUGUUUGCGUACAGAACACUGAAAUGCAUGGAAACAGCUGUCCUUUCAUACAUAAAAAAAAAAAAAAAAUACUAUAAGCAGCAAAUAUAAAGUUACCAUCAUGUACAGCCAGGUUUACUGUUUCCAUUACUGUUAAUGUUUAGCUUGUACAAUGUGUAAAAAAAAGUAAAAAAAGUACUUGUUUUGUUAUAUUUGUAAAAUAUAUAUAUAUAUAAAUAUAUGCCUUGAUGUUUGAUAAAAAAAA